CAGAUCUCUCUCUGUCCUCGGCCUCUCCCUCGCCUCUUGUGGCUUAGCUCGUCUCGCUCGCCAUCUUCAUCUGACCACCUUCCGCAGAGAUGCAACUGGCCGCCGGAGUAGAUCCGCGGCGUACUCCGUCUCUGACUCCCCAUCCCUGGUCGGCGGUCAGGUACCCGGCGCCGGCCGUGGUGAUGCAACACCCGAUGAUGCCGUCGAUACAGCCGUCCUACGGGCACCCGUUCGUGCCCUACCGUCAACCCCCCACGCCUCCUCCUCCUCCGCCCACGUCGAAAUCGAUCCACCAGCAGCAGGGCGGGGAGCAAGCGGCAGAGGAUGAGAAGAGGACCAUCUGGGUGGGGGACCUCCAGUUUUGGAUGGAUGAAAAUUACCUCCAUAGCUGUUUCGUGCAUACCGGCGAGGUUGUUUCAAUAAAGGUUAUUCGUAAUAAACAGACAGGACAAUCAGAAGGUUAUGGUUUUGUUGAGUUUCAUUCACGUGUGACAGCUGAAAAAUUACUUCAGGGAAGCAGUAGUCGUCUAAUGCCAAAUACAGAUCAGCCUUUUAGGUUAAAUUGGGCGUCAUUUAGUACGGGUGACAAACAUUCAGAUCUGGCUUCUGGUCAUUCAAUUUUUGUAGGCGAUUUAGCUUGUGACGUCACUGAUGCAUUUUUGCAAGAAAUAUUUGCUAAUAAAUAUUCCUCAGUAAAGGGUGCAAAAGUAGUUGUGGAUGCAAACACUGGCCGUUCAAAAGGUUAUGGUUUUGUAAGGUUUGGAGAUGAGAAUGACAGAAAACUUGCCAUUGCAGAGAUGAAUGGUGUUUACUGUUCUACCAGGCCUAUGCGCAUUGGUGUUGCUACACCUAGAAAGUUCUCUGGUGGUUUUGGAACAAGUGGUGCAUCUGUAGCUCUCGCCCAAUCAGAUGUAGAUUCAACUAAUACAACAGUAUUUGUUGGUGGACUUGAUCCUGAUGUCAGUGAAGAUGAUCUGAAGGAAGCCUUUUCUCAGUACGGUGAAAUCACCUCAGUCAAAAUUCCCGUUGGAAAGCAAUGUGGUUUCGUCUUGUUUGUUCAUAGAAGUAAUGCUGAAGAAGCUCUGCAACACUUGAAUGGCACUGUCAUUGGCAAGCAGAAGGUUCGGCUUUCCUGGGGUCGUCAUCCUGCCAAAAAACAGUCGAGAGCUGAACGUGGCAGACAAUGGAAUGGUGUUUACUAUGUCGGGCAGGUAUAUGAUGGGUAUAGUUUACCUCACUAUCCUGGCAUGUAUGCAUUUGCCUAUGGGGCUUAUCCUUUUUACGGCAACCAACAACAAGUGAAUUAGAGAAUUUAUUGCCGACACGCGGAUUGGAGACCGCUGACAUCUCUAAUUAGAGGUUAAUGGUAGUUCGAUAGUGAACUAGAGAAAAAAAAAAAUCAAAAAUAUGUUUCUGUUGUGUCUGUAAACUUAUGAACUUAAGGUUCUUACUAAAGUUUUUGCCCAAAUUCAAUUGGUAUGGAACUAGAUGUCGUCCGUGUUUAGCGUGUGAUGUGUAAUAAUCAUUGUUUCAAAUCAAGGAAUGUGGGUUAGCAAAUUA